UGUUGGCGCGGAGCAGUUUUCUCAGUAAGAAGUAGAAAACAUUUUAUUUUCGGGUAUCUCGCUAUUUCAUACUUCAACGUUCAUCGGAAGGAUUUAAAGGCGCCCGCGGACAGCCGCAUCCCAGUGUUCCUGAAGCAGCAGCCAGGCGUGCCGCCGCAGCUGCCCGUCCGAGUGCCCUUCACCUUGCGACCGCACAAUGAGAAGACAAGCAAGCGGCCCUCUUCGCUGUUGGAGCUGUUCGGAAGGAACAAGGUAGGCGCUGUGCCCACGAAACCCAUGUCAGUGGAGUCCUCAGUGCCGUCUGGUCCACGCAACACUGACGCACCUUUGAAUAUAAAGUCUGAACAUGUGAAGAAUUUUAAGACGUCUGAAGGAUGUUGCGGUCCGUUGUUUGCUGGUCGGGACGUCGACACGACCGGCGCAGUGACGUCUGCUCACGUCGGACAUCGCGUGUGCGUGAAUGGCACCAAGGUGGGAAUCCUCCGAUACUUCGGCGAAAUCGAACUGACGUCUGGCAUCUUCUGUGGAGUGGAGUUGGACGAACCCGUGGGUCGGCACGACGGAUCGGUGCAGGGUACCAGGUACUUUACGUGCAGACCGCAGCAUGGCAUUUUUGCCCCCGUCGGCAUUGUGCGCCUUGUGCCUGGGCACAGCUGGCAGCAGCCAUCAGACGUCUGCGCAAGGAGGGAGAGCGCGACACUCAUCUUGAACGAGUCGGGCCCCUACAGUCUCCUAGACGGCUGUACCGUCGAGCAGAUAGGAAAGGAUGGAGAGGCGGAAGACGACGCUCACAUGCAGCAGCCAAGCGCCAUGUCUACACCGACGCCGAGCAGUGUCGCGAGCAAUGCGGUGCUGUGGGAGAGUUGGAGCCAGUGCCGCUCAUCUUCAGCAACCUCCUCGACUCCUCCUUCACACUCUCAUCAUCAGUCGCAACCUUCACAGCAGCUCAGCAACCAGAACUCCUUAGAGCUGGAUGAGGGUUUUGGCAUUCUCACAUCUGACCACAUAAGUCCUGUGGGUUCGCAGUCCUGGCCCCAGCCACACCACCUCUCACAGACUUCACUGCAACUCAGCAAACAGAGCUCCUUUGAGCUGGACGAGAGCCUUGGCAUCCUCACACCUGAUCAGAUGAUAGACUUUGCUGUAUGUGUAGACAGAAGCACUGUGGGACGAACUCCGUCUUUUGAAGAUAUGGGCAUCUUUCUUCUUGGGGAUGGCAAAGGUGAUGACGUGGAAGAUUUUCUGCGAGAUCGCUUGCCAUCAGAAUCUGAUGGACCUUCCUCAUCCAACUAUCCAUCUUCAGAAUUUCCACAGUUGCCUGAUGAUGCCGUGGACAGUAUCCUCGAGACAGCUGAGAACGUGGCCAGUACUGACCACUUGCUUCUCCCCAAGGCAGAGGGUGUGCUAAGCAAUGACGCGACAACACCUAGCCAGCGUCAGAGCACGCUGAAUGCAGUGUUCUGUGCAUCAGAAGACCUGAGUGAUAAUGUCUGUCCAGCGGUCUCCAAGUCCAGUGACGGAGACUUCAGAGUCGGGCAGGAUAUCUCAGACCGCACCCUCUCACCAGAGGACCUCCCGAUGGACGCCCCAUUUCAGGAAGUGAUGGGAGAAAUUCUACAGAAAGCAGAAGUGACGUCGGAGAGUGGUCAUGACACAGCAGGACUCUCAGGUGCGACCUCUGCCGGACCGUCGUCGCGUUCCUCGGCUGCCCCUCCUGCUGCCAGCAGUUUCGUAACCAGCAUCACUAGUAUCACCAGCUUGGACAAUGGUUACCAGGGUGAUGGGGAGUGGAGUCGCCCGGCGAGCAGGGGUCCAGAACAUUCUCCGACCAAUCACCGGGUCAUCAAGCUGAAGACGUGUGGGCCCGACCCAAUGACGGACUCAGACUUCUUCACAGAAAGCGACGCAGACACACAUGAUGAUCCCGGUGCGGGGACUGGGCGUGGCGAUCGCAGAGCACAGGUCAUCGAUGGUACGCUGUAUGGGGCAAAUCUGCAUGCUGGCAGUGCCGUGCUUGUAGGCCAACAACACCAACGAUGUCCCAGUUUCACGGCUUCUAUCAAUGAGGAGAUGGAGUCCAGCGGUGUGUACUCCGACCUUGAGAGGCGGCCGGAAGAUGCCACUUCCGACGGAAAGGAGAUUCAGGGUGAAGAACAAAAUCCUGGCGAAGAAAAUUUCUCUCCUGAUGGGUCCACCAAAACUGUUUCUUCGCGUUCGGAGCAAAGUCAAAUCAAAGAAUCGUGUCUCACCUUCACAACUGUUAUCCAGGAAACAAUGUCCGAGAAUGUUGGAGACCUGCCAAAAGGGAUUGUCAUUGCAAGUGACUUUCUGACAGAGAAUAACAUGAAAAAUCAGCAGGCCUUAAUGGUUUUCACUGUCACUGAAGAAUCCAUGAAUGCUUCGGUAGAGAGGCCGACCCACAAAACUGAAGCGAAUUCCUCUGGAGCAGCGGGAAACAUGAAAUCACCAGCAGCAACUUCCAACUCAUCUCUCAGCACCAUAGUUGGUGGCAAAUUGUCCAAAGAGGAAGCCCAUCACCAGCUGAAGAAAUACAAAAUGCCGAAGAGGAAUGUAGUUUCGAAGAUCAAGUCCAUGAUCGAGUCAUCUCCCGCCAACGGUGGACAUCCGAACGUGCAGGAUGAGAACCAGGAGAACCGGCGCCCCACACGUUCUCCGUGCAAGUCGGUCAGAAAGAACGGAGGUCGCUGGGACGCUGUCAUGAACAAGAUUGCUCAGGGCCAGGCAGAGCAGAAGUUGAAGUCGCGAAGCCUUAAGGAGGUGAAGAGCAAAGUGUUCGCCAACAUGACGUCAUCAGCCGGCGAGGGAACAUCUCGCCGCAUCAGGAAGACAAGCUCAAAUAAUGUUGGGCUGUCUGUGUCCUCGAGAGCUCUCAAGGAAAACUGUCAGCUCAAGGCAAAAAGCCGCAGGUCUCGGAUGUCCCUGUCUCAACAACAGCAGCAACAGCAACAGCAGCAGCAGCAGCAGGAGGAAACUCCAGGACACGGCGCGACGUCACCCAACAGCUCUCCCCACAGUUCUAUCAGUGACGUGAGCGUCAGUCGGAAGCACUCCCUCGGCAAGGCCUCCACCAAAUCGUCAUCACUCCGAUCAUCGAAGAAACGAGAUGUCGGUCGGUCAUCAAGUCCACUGAGCGACGGCUCGGCGUCUCACGCCAUGACACGUACUUCGAGACCGCCAUUACCGAAGAACGGCGUUAGCGCGACUACUGUUGUCAACAUGAAGACACCGACAACCCGCAAGCAGGCGUCGCGACGCAUUACUGCCAGCAGCGGACAGAAGCCUGCGCCAUUGAGGGAUCACAAUCGCCAGCAGCAGGCGGACGGUGCAGGGUGUAAGCCGGGGGUUGAGGCGCCUUUGUCCAGCAAACCAGGGGAAGCAGCAAUUCCAUCAUCACAACGACCGACGCCGCCGGAGAUCUUGCUGCCGCAUCUGCGACAUAGCUCUGCCGGCUUUGAGGCGUUGUGCGUCUUAGUGCACUACCUGGUGUACACUCUGGAUGCAUUUUCCACACCACAAUUACGAAAAGACUUGGAGAGUAUGAAGACUGAAUGGCUGAAAACUAAGCUGAAACUGGAGGAAGCUCAGGUGAGCUAUCGGCGUAUGGAAGACACCUUUAAGCAAGAAACUGCGUUGUGUCGUCAAAAGAUUGAGGAAGCUGAAGCCACUAAUCGCCGUGAGCUGGCUGCUCGGGACACCAAGCACAGUCAGGAAAGCGCAGAAUUGGUGGCCCGUCAUGAAGCAGAAUUAUUUGAUUUUGAGAAGAGGCUGCAAGAACAGCUGCUGGAGAUGAAGGGCCGCUAUGAGAAAGAGCUGUCGUGUGCACAACAGCGGCAUGCUGAGGAGUUGGAGCGUGUGGCAGCAGAUGGAAGAGGCUGCCUGGAGCAAGUUCACCAUGAACAUGCGGCUGCUUUGGCCCGCCUGCAAACUGAUACAUUCCAGAGAGAAGCUGAGCUGAGACACAGGCUUGCUAAUGUUGAAGAAGAAUAUUCUGGUCUCAAAGAUCAGUCACGAAAGAUUAUGGACAGCAUGCAGAAAGACAAGGAUACAAAGUUGCAAGUCACUGCAGGUCGCUGUAAGAAGCUGCAGGAUGAAGUAGAAUCCCUUCAAACAGUCCUUGACUUGCGACAUGAAGAACUUCAGGAAUUACGAAAACAGAACGCACUUCUCACCAGGGAGGCUCAGGAGGAACUUCCUGCUGCUCUGCAGCGAGUUGCAGCUCUUGAAGCCAAGGUAGAGGACUUGAAGGUACAACUUCAAAUGAAGACUAACCUUGAGAGACAGUUGUCAGAACACAACCGACUGCUAAUGGAAUCUUUCCACCAGGAAUCAAAACAGAGUAAGAGAUUGUCACUACACAACGAGGAGCUGCAGUGGAAGUUGAAACAGAAUUUGGAAGUAGUGAAUGCUCUAGCAGCUCUGAGUGGAGCUUCCAUGACUGGCCCUCUGCAAGCUGCAUCUACCAAUGGUAGGAGAAGUUCUCAUGGCUCUGCACAAUCCCUGGCCGACUCUGAUAUUACUGCAACUGGUAAUCAAAUGUUUGUCAGUAGGACAUCUCCACGGCCUUUAUCUGCCGGAAGAUCUUAUAACUCAAGCAGUUCAGAUUUGUCUGUGGGCCCUGCCAUGGCUAGUCACUCUGCCCUUGGUGAAGAUCUUGAAAUAUCACCACCUGCUUCACCAAAAGUAAAAGGUGUGGUAGAGAAAAGUGAUUCUGUGUCAUGGGUUGUAGAGAUUGAUGAAACGCCAGAAGCCUUACUAUCCAGGUUAGUUCGCAGAGCAGGAAGUUUCCGGGGCAGUGUGCCACCUAUGUCUUCAGUGCCAUCGUGUGCUCAUGCCAGAACUUUGCCACCACCAAAACGUCAGCGCUACAAGGCUUCGCCCCUUUCUCUUUCAUCAUCAGCCACGGCUAUUACGAGAUCCGGUAUCAGCAGUCAUUCGAGGAAUAUCCCACUGACUGCCUCCCGGCGAUCCCGUUCUCGCUCUGUGUCCACUGAUUCUGUGGAAGAUGUGGGGCUUGACUAUGGCUCAUGGAAUCCCGAAACUUCUACUCCAUUACAGAAUUCCUACACAGAUGUGGGAAGCCUUCAGUGUGAGAAUGACAUGGCAGUUCUUACAAAUAAUAACAAAAGUUGUUUGAACCGUUGUGGAAAUCCUACUUGUGUCGACGAUAAUUGUGAGGACUUCACACAGAAUGCAAGUUCAAUUAUUCAUAACUUCAGUGGGGUGAGCAAUGGUACUAAGAAAAGAGGAACGUCAGAAUAUUCUAAUGAUGAAGACUCACCAUCAAAAUCUUCUGGAUCAAGUGGCAGUUCAGAUGGAUCACAGAAAGAUCAUAGUCGGACAUGUUGCCAAAAUAGGAGACAAGUGACAGAUCCAUCUGGAGCUUCAGAUUCUUUGGAUUUGGGAGACCCAGAAGUACUUCCUCUGCCCCCCCUUCCAGGCAGCACCAGUGGUGAUCUUUCACUCCUGGCAGCUCAGCCCCUUCCACCCCCCAAGGACUCUGCUGGUGAGGCAAUGAUAUCUGAAGAGACAUCCGAAGAUGAAAAUGAGAAUGUAGAUGAAAUGAAUUCCACUUCUGAUGAACACAGCUGCUCAGAGGAGGAAGAAACCACCUCAUCUUCAGGAAGUUCAUCUGAUUUGAGGGCAGUUCCUUCAAGGGGACUGACAGAAAUUGAAGAUGGAGAAAUAGAAAGUGCUUGCCAGAAUCUGGAACAAGAAGAGGAGGAAGGGGUGGGGAGGGUAACAGAAGUGACACCGGGGCAGCAGAACAAGUUAUCAGUAGGGGGAGGCCUGCAGCAGUAUCACUUACUGUUGAUGUCUGAGUCUGCUACAAGCACAGCCAUGGACCUCAGUUGGUCUGAAGACAUGCCUUCUGAAUCUGAUGGUUAGAACAAUGCAGUCUGUGAGAGGUAAUAGCAACAGUCUUUCCCCCCACCAAAGAUUUUAUUUUCUUUCUCUGUGUGAGUGUGGUUCCAUUUGCUUAACAGCCCAUAUUAAGUGCACAUUAAACAGUGUACUUACAAACGAACAAAAUCAAAUGUGGAGGCAGCUGGACAGAAUUGUGAAUAGAGUACACAGUUGGUCAAGCAUGGAGUUUCAACAUUCAGACUUACUGUACAAUAUACUGUAGUUGUGUGUUAGUUUUGUUACAGUGUUACACAGAAGAGAAUGAAAUGGAUAUUUAUACAAGGCAAAUAUUGGGCAUGAAGUGGUGUCUGUAUGAAGCACAACCUAGAAGCAAGCAGACUGUGGUUGGGAGUGUACAGUAUAUUAUUAGUCAUUUAGAAACCACGUAAGUAUCUGGAGUUUGUAUUUAUUGCAAGUACCAAGUUUCUGAAGUUGUAAAAACCACUAGUAUAAUUACGUCUUUUCACAGCUUUUUAUGAUAUUACCAGGAACUGAAUUCACAGUUAUGUACAUAAUUAACAUUUGUUGCCUGUCUGCGUGAUGUCUUGGUCCCCUGCAUUCAAUUGUGAAGGUUCUGAGUUCAGAUUUACACAGUGAUGGAAGUUUUCAUUUGCAGCUUGGUAAGUUCCUUGUUUGUAUUUGGCCUGGUGUGCAUAUUGUUUCGAAAAUUUAUGUGCUCUACACAUUUGAAUACCUGAGCCAUUAUUGAACACUUUCAAAAUAUGUAUGUGUAUUCAUUUGUUUCUUUUGUGUGUUAAAUAUGAUACAUGCCAUUAUUUGAUAACUCACAUGGUGUGAUAAAGGUUGCAGCUAAACAUUUCACAGUCCAGCAUUUUGUGGUGCAAGCAACGUUGUCAGGUUAGACAUUUUAACAAUAAAAAAAUAUGGACUGCAAGUUUUUAGUGGUUUUGGUGGUAUGUCAUUGUAAGUUGUUCUAGGAGAUGGCAUUACUCAUAACUUCGGGGUUUUACCGCUUGUUGGUAAGAUGUGCAGGAGAGGAAUGAGGAAUUUAAAAUGUUGCACAACAAAUAAUUGUAUGCUGACCUGUCAGGUGCACCUAGCAUAGGUGCAAAUAUUUACAUCAUGACCCUGAAUGGAUUGAGCAGCUUGUAAGACUGUUAGUAUUAUGUUAUUGAUAACUUAAGUUCACUUGCUAUAUUCCAGAUGCAAUUAGAAAUGGUUAAUUCUAAGAUUGAUUGGUAAAUGUGACUGGGACUUGAAAUUAAAGGUAAUAAUGAGCCUGACAGUGUGCACAGAUAAAAAUGUAUAAAACUGUGCUGUGAAAGAUAAAUUCUGCAGUUUUUAAAUGUACCAAUGUAGCUAGUUUUGCUGCCAAAACUGAAGCAUCAUUUGUACAUGGAUCUUACUGAUUCACAAGAAUUGUGUCUCUACCCAUUUCAGAACAUUUAACAAUUAGUUCUUAUAUUCAUUUAAAUUAUUGUGAAUGUUAUAAUAAUGUAAAUAUAUGAAGUGAAACUAAUUACAUUCAGUAUUUUGACUGCAGGAAAUGUAAUUCUUAGAUAAGAGUGGUAAUUUUGCUGUUAAUACAUUUGUUAUAUAGCCUUUGUAUCCAGUCAUGUGCUUGAAUCAGCUAGUUUUCAUCCCUGUACAGAAGCAGACUAUAGUUUGUCCUGUCAGAGUGAGUUAACUGAGAAACAGCAGUUGGUUAAUUGAUGCUCGUGUAAGUGUACAGGCAGCA